CUUUUGAUAGUUUGGGUGGUGCGAAUGGUAGGCACCUUGCCGUGGUGCAGGGGCUUAGGCGCAAGGCAUUCUCGGCACCCCCCAAUCUGCGUGGUUGGUGCUGAUAGGCACCGCCCAGGCGGGAUGUCGGGUGCCGCAUGCGUGCGCUAACCAAGAGCUACCACCUCCUAAUCCAGGGUGUCAUGCGACCCGUGCCCAUUGGAUGGUUUGCAGCCAGGAGGUAAAUCUGGCUGUAUUAUAACGGAGCCUCCCCAACACCGGGCCGAAUUGGGGUGUAACUGUGGCCUUACCGCGUCAAGGGGCUCUGGCGUGGCUGACCUUCCCAGUCCCCAUUUAAAUAUUAGACCUGACGGCUCACCCUGUUUGAGCCUAGGGUCGGAAGACACAGAUGGAUACAAACAAAACAAACAACAACAACAACAAUAACAAGGAUUUAAGGCAACAAAAACGGAGAACGGACACGGACAACGAGAAGGAAACUGAUGCAGCGCUAGGCAAAUCCGGUCGAGGAGCCAGACGGAAGGUGAACUUCAUGGAUAUUCUCUCGCCGGACGAACGGGAGCUAUUUGUGGAGCAUGCCAAGGAGGAUAGCGACGACACGCCCUCAUGCAGUUGUGCUCACCUGGCAAAAAGGCCUGCGGCCGCAGCAGCAGCCACGAGCACCGCCAAGACCCCCGCCGUAAGGCGGAGCGGGUCGGACUCGGAAGAGUCACAUCGGGCAGAGCCUGAUGGUGCGCGCAGAAGGAGAAGGAGGCGCAGAAGAGGUGGGCAACGCCCUCUCCCAGAAGCUGGUAAGCCCGGAGGGUGCGAUGACCCAAAAAGGAGGGGUAUGAGCGGCGCCAUUAUGAGGUGGUACCUACGGUACCUGCGAGAGGGGAAGACUCCUGAAGCGGCGGAAGCUAUGGCCAGAAGCAGAGGCAAAGGGAGUAGCGCACCCCCAGCAAAGGAGCGUGUCAACACCGGGUCAGCUCGCGCGGAAGGCAGCGGUACCAGUAACCGUCCGGUUGGUGCCACACUGACCGCACGGCGUGGUGAUGGUAGGGCAAUGCCCUCUGAAACGUAUGCCCAAACAGCGAAGCGGAGUAGUGGCCAAAUCACGCCGCAGGAGCCCCCCAGCUCCAAAAGGUCUAGGGGCAACGGAAACAAGGAAACCGGUAGUCAACAAUCAGAACCGGCUCCCCACCGGGUGGAGGAGGGGCGGCGCAGGUAUGCGGACGCCGUUAAAGGCUUGCGCAUGGCUGUGCUGCCUCAGAACUACCCGGCGGAGGCGCUGAAGCCGGAGGAGCUUACCGAGCUCCAGAACCUCCUCCUGGACGAGGUCUUCAGAGGAGAGAACUUCGCGGCGUCCUUCUUGGGGGUGGAGUUCAAAGGAGGCAUGCUGCAGGUGGAGUGUAAAAACGAGAGGUCUGCCAACUGGCUGCGGGAGUUUGCACCAAAGCUGGGAGGCUGGAAAGGCCCUGCCCUAUGCGCGAGGAGGGCGGAGGACUUGCCCGUCAUGCAUAGCAUGACAGUGUUCCUCCCCAGAAGUGAUGACAAACCCUAUGAGUACGCGCUAGGUCUGGUGAAAAACCAGAACUUGGGGCUUAGCAUCUCAUCCUGGCGCGUUGCGAGCAGCAAGAUGGAAGAAAUAGGUGGAAUGAAGGGAUGGAGGCUGAACUUGUACAUUGACGACGAGUCGUACAAGUACGUCCGGGCAGAAGGCUUCCGCCUGUAUUACAGGUUUAGCACGGUGAUUAUGCGGCCCCACAGGUCCGCAGCCACCGGGAGCAAGGGAGCAGCAAUGCCCGCGAAGCAGGAAGGAGAGAGCAUUGAAAAGCAGGCCGCGUCCUUGGCGGCCCCGGAAGCAGUGCCGAUGCAGGUGGAUGAGGUGGCGGAUCAGCCCUGCGAAAGUGGGACUGAGAGGGCAGUGCCAGCAACGACCACCGACGUCCCUGUAGAGGACCACUGCGACCAGGGAGCACAGCUCCCCUCAACACAGGAACUCCUAGACGGGCUAGGUGACCCAUUGGAUGGUGGCGAUACAGACGGCGGGGAAGAGGGAGUACCCUUCCUCGAACCGGUUUUAUGAUGGCCGUCCAUAUGGAGAUUGCCCAGGUGAACCUGCACCACGCGGCGGCAGCUUCAGCUGUAAUAACGAGCAGGUUCACGGCAGAAAAGCUGGGCAUACUGCUGGUCCAAGAACCGUGGACCCGCAAAGGAGAGGUUAAAGGCCUCAAAACGGAGUCAAAUAAGAGUUCCUGACGCAGGAUCUGGUGGCGGUGCAAGCCAGAGACUUUGAGGGCAAAGACUUCGUCCUGGCUUCAGCCUACUUUCCAGGGGAAGCAUCCACGGCACCCCCAGAGGUGGUGGAACGGCUCGUGGAUCACUGUAGCAGACAUGGGCUUCCCCUGAUUAUGGGCUGUGACGCAAACGCCCACCAUCUGGAAUGGGGCAGCACCAACUGCAACGCAAGAGGUGAGUCUCUUUUAGAAUACAUAGUAGGUAGUAACUUAGUAAUAGAAAAUGUUGGGUGUGAACCCACAUUUAUAACUAUAAGUAGGAGGGAGGUGCUGGACAUCACCCUGAGUAAUGGGCCUGCAAGGGGACUGGUCUCGGGAUGGAGAGUCUCGACGGAGCCCUCCAUGUCGGACCACCGUAUUGUAAGGUUCUUGCUGGGGGUAGAGGUCAGGCCCCUCCCACCUAGGCGCAAUCCCCGGAGGGCGAAUUGGGACGCCUUCAGGGAUAUACUAAGUGAGGAGUUAGGCAGGGGGGAGCAGGCAGAUAGUGGCACUUCCAGCCUGGGUCUGGAGAUUAGGCUAUCAGAGUUGAACGGGUCUCUGAUUAAAGCCUAUCAUGGCAGUUGCCCCCUGAAAGUGUCCGGGGACAGACGUAACUGCCCCUGGUGGUCCAGGAAACUAGCAGACCUCCGGAAAAAAGUGCGCAGCUUGUUCAACAAGGCGAAGCGCACGGGGGUCUGGGCUGAAUAUAGGAGCUAUCUCACUUUAUACAACAAGGAGAUAAGGUCUG